AUGAGUGAAGAAACAUCAAACCUACAGAAUCAACAAAACCAAGAAUCAGAACAACAACAACAAUCAGUGAAUCAGCUACAAGAUGAUAAGAUAGUAGACUCUUCUGAUCAAAGUGAUUCUGGUUCAAGUUCUGACUCUGAAGAUCAAUCAAAUGCAGAUGAUGGUGAUAAUGAAGACAGAAGUACUCCAAGUCAACAAGAACAAGAAAAAGGUGAACCUCAUAUUCAACCAAGAGUAGAAAUCACACAAGCCAACCAAACAGAAAGUAAAGAUCAGAACAAAUCUGAACAUGAACAAUUACAAGAACAAAAAGAAGCUGAAUUACAAGAAGCUAAAGAAGUAUUUGCAUCUGGUUCAAAUGAUAGAAGAAUUUCUCAAGAUCCACCUUCAUCUGAUGAACCUAAAGAAACUGAUGCUGAUGAUCAUGAAAUGAUUGCACUUGGUGCUGAUAUUGAAUAUAAAAAUGGCGAAACUUCUAAAACUUCAGAAGGUUUGGAUGCAGAAAAAAUUAAAACUUUAAGUGCUAAGGAACGUGAACCAUUAGAAAGAGUUGAUUCAAAUGAUAGUAAAGCGUCUAAAUCAAGUUCAGAAAAUGAAAUUGGUAGUCAUAUUGCUCCAAGUGUUACUGAUUUAUCAAAUGAAAGUGAUCAAAAAUCAAAUGAACCACAACAACAAAAAAAUGAUUUAGAUGGUGAUAUUUCAAUUCCAGAUGCUAAUCAAAGUGAAUAUGAAAAUGAAAGUGGUAAUGAUGAUGAAGAAGAUGAUGAACCAAGUGAUGCUGAAGAAGAUCAAAUAGAUGAAGAUGAGGCAGAUGGUAAUGUACGGAAAUCUGGUUCAAGAUCAAGAUCAAGAACACGCACUGCAGAACCAAAAGAUAAACAACAACAAGAACAACAAACUGAAGAACAAACCACAUCAAAAAAUGAAGAAGAAGCUGUACAAACUGGAACAACUGAAGCUAAACCAGAUGUAGAUUUAUCCAAAGAGGAACAUGAACAUGAUCAUGAUCAUGAGCAACAAAAAGAUGAACCAUAUAUUCCACAAACUCAUACAAUUGUGAUACCUUCAUAUGCAUCAUGGUUUAAAUUUGAUCAAAUUCAUCCAAUUGAAAAAGAAUCAUUACCAGAAUUUUUCACAAAUCAAAUUCCAUCUAAAACUCCACAAAUUUAUGUUAAAUAUAGAAAUUUCUUAAUUAAUGUUUAUAGAUUAAAUCCAAAUGAUUAUUUAACAGUUACAGCAGCAAGAAGAAAUUUGGUUGGUGAUGUUGGUACAAUUUUAAGAGUUCAUAGAUUUUUAUCAAGAUGGGGUCUUAUUAAUUAUCAAGUUGAUGCUCAAGAUAAACCAACUCCUGUUGAACCUCCAUUUACUGGUGAUUAUACUGUUACUUAUGAUGCACCAAGAGGUUUAUUCCCAUUUGAAUCAUUCAAACCUAAUUUAGAACAAACAAAAUUAGAUAAAUUAAAAGAAUUAAAAGAUUUAAAACAAGGUACCAAGAGAGAAUUAAAUGGUGAUGAUAAUAAUUCAAAAAAAGAAGACCCAAAAGAUACUACUACCACAGCAAAUGGUACAGAUUUCAAAAAACCAAAAAUUGUUAAAAAUAUAAAUGAUGGUUGGACUAGAGAAGAUUUGAAAAAAUUAUUAGAAGGUAUAACACAACAUAAAAAUGAUUGGGAAUCAAUUUCAAAUCAUGUGGGAACUAAAACUGUUGAACAAUGUAUUAUUAGAUUUUUGAAAUUACCAAUUGAAGAUCAAUUCUUGGGAGAUUCAAAACAAAAUUUAGGACCAUUAAAAUAUGCACCAUAUUUACCAUUUCAACAAUCUGAUAAUCCAGUUUUAUCUACAGUGGCAUUUUUAGUUUCUUUGGUUGAUCCAGAAGUUGUUAAGGCUGCUACAUCAAGUGCCAUUCAAAUUAUUGAUUCUAAAGAUGUUGAUAAGACAUUAAAUGAAGAGGAAAAAGGUGAAACUAAUGUUACAAAUGGAAUUGAAGAAAGUGCUAAAAUUGCUUUAAGUACAGUAGGAGUCCGUGGUCAUGUUUUUAAGACUAAUGAAGAAAUUGAAAUGAAUAAAUUAACAAAUGUUAUUGUUAAUACUCAAUUACGUAAAAUUGAAUUGAAAACAUCACAAUUAAAUAGUAUUGAAAAAGAAUUAGAUCUUGAAAAAAAAAUAUUACAAAAACAACAAGAAGAUUUAUUUUUAGAUAGAUUAUCAUUUACUAAGAAUUCAAAUCAAGUAAUUUCAAAAUUUGAUACCAUUUUAGGGAAUCUUCAAUCUUCAUCAACUACAUCACCAGAUGUUCAACAAUUAUCUAAUCUAAUCUCAGAAGCUAAAGAAUUAUUAUCCAAACCUGUUAGAGCUGAAUUAUCAUCAUUUGAUUUAUCUAAAAGAGAUUCCAAAUCAGGGACAGUUGAUCAUACUAAUGAAGAUGGUGAAACUAAUGGUACCGGCCCAACUGUUGAUGAUGAUGAUUUGAAACCAAUAUCAAUUGAAACUCCUCAGACUUAUAGAUACUGGAGUGGUUAA